GGGCAAGGGUCAGACCACUGUACGAGACGCCAGUAGACAUGUCGGUGUCGGACUGGUACUUCCCCGCGUCGCAUCCGGGCUACUCCAGCCCUCUGGACCACGCCUCGGUGUACCUGGAGCAGUUAGCUUGUCCCAGCUCACCUUACACCACCGGCGCCUACUCACUCCCUGCUCAGUGCUCAAGCAAUAUCUCCUCCAAAGACUCCAGUAACUGGUGUGCUUCCGAGGAAAAUCGUCCCAGCCCAUCGUGUUCCCCCAUCAGUAGCUGUGAGAGCAUCGAGAGCAGCUCCUCUCACGGCUGGAGCAAUCACCAGAGUGGCCCUGCAUCAUGGUCUUGGGGCGCCCCGGGCACCACUCACCCUGUUCUGGCUGCUGUCUCCGACCUUAACAAUCCCAACUGUUCCCUGGCAGUGUCGCGAGGCCGCCAAGCAAAGUGUCGCCGAAGACCUCCGAAAAUUGUGGGCCGUGAAGUGAUCAAGAAGCGUCGCCUUGCAGCCAACGCGCGGGAGAGACGUCGGAUGAAUGGAUUAAAUAAUGCCUUUGACAGACUUCGAGAACACAUCCCCGCGCUGAGUGGCGACCAGAAGUUGUCCAAGUUUGAAACCCUACAAAUGGCGCAGACGUACAUAUCUGCUCUCGUGGAUCUACUCCAGUAGUGGACACACGCCGCACGAGUGACUUCUGGUCAGCCACCCGCGACGUCUACAGCCCGUGAUCCUUAGUGCCGCGAGUGACAAAUCUACAGUGAUGAUGGCUAGUGAGGGAGCGCCUUCCCAUGGUGUUAUCAUGUCGCGGGGACAAGUGGCAGGGGACGUGCAGCAAGAGUCCCCACCUUCCUCAGACUGUGAUUGUGUUCUGUCCUACCGUGCUAGAGCUGUCCUGGAUCUAUGUUCAAGAUCAGCCGGCAGGAGAAUGGCCACCCUGAGCCCACUCUCAACAGGGAGUGUUUGUGUCCACACGUCUCGCAGCGAGGUGUGUGUUGGCACGCCAGUGCUCACGGGUGUGCCUCUGGCGCAGUGCGGCCGUGCCGGAGAACCCACGUCGUGAUGUGGCCCUCACUGUGUCCAGGGGCGGGGUUGAGAGGCAUUACCAAAAAGUGUAUAUUGCUAUUGCUAGCAGAAACUGGCUCAAUUUAGUGUUUACUCUACAGCUACAAAUGUGUAUGUUAUGUAUUAUAUAAAUUAUUUUGUUAAUAAAUCUUGAGAAAUAUA